CCCGACGAUUCCAUCUCGACACACGACCCAACCUUCAUCCCGAUCACCAACGGUUGUUCCCUUGCAAUACCGAGCCUAAUCGCACGCGCGCGAAAAAACAGAGAGAAAGAGAAAGAAAGAGGAGGGUACUUGAUCGGUGCAUCUCUUCGAUUACUCUUUUGUCUUGUUCCAUUCCGGGAACAGAGAGUUCGACUGAGUUUAACCGGUCUCAGCGACAGUUUAAUCGGUGAGAGUAUUCCCCGGCCAGACAAGGAGCAGCAGGAAGAACCAGGACCGGGUCAACAACAGUCGACAGACUCUUACCAGUUCCACGGACGAGAGAGAAAUACAUAUAAAGAUGACGAAGCUAAUCGUAUUAGGGAUGGUAUGCCUGUUGGGGCUGAACGCGGCGAUCGCUAUGCCCGUGGCCGAGAACCAGGAACCGCUGCAGGUGGUACCGCUCGAGAAAUCAUCGACGGCCCCUAAAUCCGUGGUAUCGGAGGAAGCUGUCGUAGCGGCAGAGGCUCAGGAAGCGGCGGUUCCAGCAGUGCCAGCGGUUCCAGCCCAACCGGAACAAGUGCGACCCGAGGGCGACAAACCCUCCGCGAGGAGCGAACCUGCAGCCGAGAAUCUUCAGCUGUCCGAGAAGCCCGAGGAGAAGAAGGAGGAGGGUCAACAAGCGAAACCCGAGGACAAGAAGGAAGAGAAUCUAGAGAAGAAGGCUGAGCAACAACCGCAACCAGAAGCUCAGGCGCCUGCUCAGGAACAGAAGCCUGAACAAGCUCAGGAGGCCAAGAAGGAAGAGGAGAGCCUGAAACCGGCGGCUUCUGAAGCUCAUGAGGAGGUUAGGGCUGCACCUCAGGAACAGAAAGUGGACGUCGCUGAAGUCCCAGCCGAACAAGCAAAGGUAGCGGUCGUGGAAGGCAAGAGCGCCGAGCAAAGCAGCGAAUUCGCGGAAAAGAGCUCCGAAGCUGCGAAAGAAGAGCCGAAAGAGGAGAAGAAAUCCGAGGAAGCUAAACCCAGCGUAAGAAAGGAAGACGAGCCCGCAGCCUCCGAGGAGUCGAAAGAGUCGCAGCCGUCCGAAGAGAAGAAGGCAGAAGAGAAACCCCAGGAAGAACAAGAGAAAGAGAAGAAGGCCGAAGAGAAACCCGACCGUGUAACGCGCGAUGCUGAGGAAUCCUCCCCGGAAGCCAAGAAGGAACAGCCCGCUCAGUCGCAGUCCCCAGCGCCAGCCGAAGCCGAAAAGAGCCAAGCGGAACAAUCGAAACCGGAAGAGAAACAAGCUGCUCCGAGCGACAAAGUCGAACCCGCCGUAGAACAACCCGCAGCCAGCUCCGAGGAGUCGUCCAAGAGCGAGGAGAAGGCUGAAACCGAGACUCAGAACCCGGAAGUAGAAGUCAAGAGCUCGGAAGGUUCUUCCGCUCAGGAAUCGGUCGAGUCCCAGGCUAAGCCCGACGAGUCCAGCCAGGCGAAACGCGACACAGCAGCGGAAGCCCAGCCUCAGGCAAAAUCCGAACAAGCCGAAGAGAAGAAGGAGGAGCCUAAAUCGAAGGAGGCCGAGAAGGAGGCGAAGGAACGCUCCGAGGACUCGUCGGAAGACAAAUCGGCCGAGAAGAAGGACAAUAAGAGCAGCGAGGAGGACAAAUCCUCCGAGGAGUCCAAGGAGUCCAAGCCAGCCGCCGACGAAUCCAAGCCGGAGCUGCUGCCCAAACCGCAGGAGCUGACGGACAAGGAAUAACGGUCGCAGCGACGAGCGGGAAGACGAAGAACGGUAGCCCCGAGAAGCAGCAACAUCGACAUUGCUCGCUAAGUCGAGACACCGCGUUCAACAUCCGACCGACAUCAUAUUGCAAUCGCGCGAGUUCUUCCCCGGAUUGAA